AGGUGCGUUCACUGGCUGGUUUGAAUUGAAAGCAGAAAGCCGUCGAACAGGAAAUUCUGCUUGUCACACACCCGUCUUGUUGAAUACCUGUGAGCUAGUCCCCACAGGUAGAAGAGCUCCUGCGUACACCUGUAUAAGUUACCUACGCGGUUUACACCAAAAGCUGCUAAAGAUGAGCAAAAUUUCAAAAUUAUUCAAGGGGAGCUCCAGCUCGAGUUCUUCCAGCUCGUCGAAGUCCAAACACCACCGCUCAAGGGGAGGAGGAGGACCUUCGCCCCAAGAGGCCAUCCACAAACUCCGAGAGACGGAGGAAAUGCUGACGAAGAAACAGGACUACCUGGAGAAGAGGAUCGAGGAAGAAAUCACGAUCGCGAAGAAAAAUGGAACCAAAAACAAGCGAGCUGCCCUGCAGGCCCUGAAGAGGAAGAAGCGUCUGGAGCAGCAGCUCACGCAGAUCGAUGGCACGCUCUCCACCAUUGAGUUUCAGAGGGAAGCGUUGGAGAACUCGCACACCAACACCGAGGUCCUGAAGAACAUGGGCUAUGCUGCCAAGGCCAUGAAGAAGGUCCAUGAAAACCUGGACGUUGACAAGAUCGAUGACCUGAUGCAGGACAUCACCGAGCAACAGGACGUGGCACAGGAGAUCAGCAACGCCAUCUCGGGACCUUUCGGGGAGACAUUUGAUGAGGACGAGCUGAUGGCCGAGCUGGAGGAGCUGGAGCAACAGGAACUUGAAGACAACAUGAAGAGUAUGGGCGGGUUACCCAGCGUGCCGAGCAUCAAACUACCCUCAGCGCGACCCAGUCAACGUGCGACAACCAAGAAGAGGGUUGAAGAUGAAGACGACAUGCGUAUGCUGGCAUCGUGGGCAACUUAACAACAAAAAGGCAGCCUGUCUUUUAAAGAGAGUCACACACACACAGAGAUCUUUCUGUUCCGUUUCAGCUUUUUAUUGACUUUGAAGGUUUUCUAGGGAAAAUGAAGAAAUAUAUAUAUUUUAAAAAUACCUUAUUUUGCUCCUUGUAAUGCAACUACUUCGGAAAGACUUUGAAGAGAAGCAAUCAAGCAUGUAUUUUCAAUAUUAUCCCCACGUCUCUUGUGUUCCUUUUUGAAGAGUAAUCAUGUUUAAUUAGCCUGUACAGAAAGCACUACUUUCAUAAACCUUUUUGAGACAUAACAAGGAUGUGACUUUGAUGUUUUUAAUACACGGCCUACAAAGCAUUACUGUAUUUCAUGCAGCUGUAAAUAAAGUUAUAAUUUUCCAUUAAGGCUGUAAAUAUACUGCUUUCUCUAUGUUCAACAAUAAAAAGAGCCUCCUAAAUA